AGGUUCAUGGUUCAUGAUGUUCUAGAUCUGCGUACAAACAAUUGGGUUCCCAGGAGAGAAAAGGUUAAAGGAAAAAAAAUCACUGAAAUUCAUUCCGAGGCAGAAAAGUCUCUGGGGUUACGUCCAGGUGCCACUACAAGUAUUAGAAAUAAUCGUAUCUCUGGGGCUCAAGUGAUUACUGGUCCAAGUGGAAUGCCCAUCACACGUCCUGGCUCAGGUGGUAUGAUGCAUGGUAUACCAGGAACUAGAAAGAUUCCUGGUAUGAGGCGAAGUACGCCUAGGGGUGAUGGAGCUGGAAUUCAGCCAAUGGGACGUGUCCAUUCAGCAUCACUUAACACGAGACUAUUACCUCAGGGUACUGGCGGCUUAAUGAGUGGCAAAAGUGCCCUGCUGCAGGGGAGUGGUACCCCUCAUGGUCGCCCUGCCAACUUCAAUUCUGGCUCAGAACCUUCAUUCCAAUCUCCUGCAUCUUCUAAACCUGCUCCUGCACCCUAUGUGCCUCCAUUUGUGGAGAAACCACAGGCACCAGCUGUAAGGUUGAACAUGGAUGAACUUGGUAAAAAAACAGUUUCACUUCUUGAAGAAUAUUUCAGUAUCCUAGAUUUGGGUGAAGCACUAACAUGUGUGGAGGAAUUGAAGGCUCCUGGAUACCACCCUGAGUUUGUCAAAGAAUCCAUCUCCCUAGCACUUGAGAAAAGUCCACCUCGUGUUGAUCCACUAGCGAAGCUCUUGGAACACUUGCUUGCUAAGAAAGUAAUUACACCUAGAGACAUAGAGACUGGAUGCUUGAACUAUGGCAGGUUGAUGGAUGAUAUUGCUAUUGAUUUGCCCAAAGCACCUAAUAAUUUUGGCGAGAUUGUUGGGAAGCUCAUUUUGGUGGGGGGCUUGGAUUUUAAAUUCGUAAAGGAGAUCCUUACAAAGAUGGAAGAUGACAAGUUCCAGAAAACUCUUUUUGAUGCAACCAUGAAUACAGUUAGUGAGUCCAUCUGGGCAAAAUAUUGGGAUUCCCAAGCAUCAGAUAUCGAUUCCUGCCGGAGUUGUGUUCUAGCAGUCUAUAUUUCUAUGAAUGAGUACUUAGUUUCAAACAAGCUGCUGCCGAAGGCUGAAAACUCUUCUGAACCUUUCAAAGAAGAAGCUUCUGCUUCAGGACUGCAAGGUCUGAAGAAAGAUGAAGAAGAAGAAAUGAGGGAGAAGGUGAAGUUGAGGGUGAAGUUCCCAGGCAAAGAGUGGAAGCAAGAGCUCAUCAGGUUAGAGAGUCUAAGAGAAGCUGAAGCGCGACUGAAGGAAAUGAGGAGGACAGAACAGGCGAUUCCACUCAAUGGUGACGUUUUACAGGUUGGCGCCUUACAAUUUUUGCAGGCAAAAGAGGGUAAUUUUGCAAAUUGGUCUCACAAGCUGUGGACUUCAUUUUAG